AUGACAAGGUUGCGUUUCCUUGUUGUGGCUGAAAACUAUUUAGAUGGCUCUAUACCACCUGAAAUAGGUAUGUUGGAGUCUCUUGAGGUGUUUUAUGCCUAUAACAACAAUAUUUCAGGUUCAAUUCCCGUGUCCGUUGGAAACCUGAGUAGGUUAAUAACCUUGGCUCUUCCUGGUAACAACAUAAAUGGAUCCACUUGUGAAAUGGCAAGUGGAUUAGAUAAUGAGACUUUUGAUGCGAGGUCAACUGGGUUUACUGCACAUAUGCCAACUCCAACACCUGGAGUCCAAAUGCCUCCUCUUGCACCGGUUACUAUACCCAGGAAUCAAGCUGAGCAACCAAAGAAAUUUAAUGGAGCAAACUUUAAGAGAUAG